AUGAAAACGGUAAUGAACAUCUCAACAGCAUCCAAGAUAUCCCGUCUUCUACAACUCGUUAUUGCCCUUAUCAGUCUGGUUUUGACCGCCCAAUUGGCCAAAGAUGGAUCUUCGUUGUCCUCACAAGUAGACUCAAUCAAUCAGUUAAUAACCGAUGAUGUAAUAAGAGCUACUGAGGAGAGCGUGGAAAUCGGAACUCCGUCAAGCUCUAGCAGUUUUCACGCCACAUCCCAAAACCCAACAGAUCAGAUAUCCCAUUCGGUCUCGUCCACAUUGGGACUGAAUGUCAGUACCAGCUGGCAGUCAUCCAUCCUGAGUUUUGUAAGCACUGGCAUAACUCUUGUCAACAACCCGCUAUUAAGUGUUUUUAAGCGUCUUGUCUCUAGAAAAUUGCAAUCUUUUUACGACGGUUCGGUGUUGAGAGUUGGCGAAAUUCCUUAUAGUUCGCUUCACUUGCCCAACCAUGGGGUAGCAAGGGCUCAGUUCUUCUACUUAUCCUACAGCGCCAGCUCGGAGUUUGUUCUGAACCUUGUACACUUUUCCAACGCUGUUUAUCAAACAGCGAAAUACGGAUCGUGGAGUUGUAAUGAAGUAUCAGGCCUGCUGCACCAGUAUCAGCUAGACCGAAAUUAUUCCUCCGCUGCCGUUGCGGAUUUUUUCAAACGUCUUUCCGAUAAUGACACCGCAUCUCCAUUUGAUCAGUUGGAAGAUGCCAUGCAAGUUUAUCUGCCUUCGAACUUCUCAGAGUUGCUACAAACUGAUAAUGUCGAUAUCACGAUAGAGAAAUCUCAGCUAUUUUUGGAUCUUUCUUCCGAUUGUACGAAGAAAAAAGCUAACAUGGCUAUAAGUUAUGUCCUUUGGGGGGUCUAUAUGGUAUCCACAGGUCUCAUAAGCUACACUGGUGUGGUUUUUAACCAAAUAUUGAACAAGAAAUAUCGAUCUAUAAUAGAAACUGGGACAAAACAAAUGAUAGAAAGUAGUCAUUUAGACUAUGACGAGUUGAGCCUAGAAGAAGCAUUAUUAUUAAGAGAUCAGAUAUUCUCUGCAGAUACAAGUCUUUCAGGAAGUAUCUAUUUGGUCUAUACAGCAGCUGGUCUGUUUCCGCAAGUGAAAGAUGAUAAUGAGUUGAAGCAUACACUAGAUGGCCACAAAUAA